AUGAACUUCGAGGCCGGGAAAGCAUUGGAAUCCUUACCGAGUGGCCGGGGUGCUGCCGGGUUUCCGGGAAACGGGCAAUUCUCCGCGGGAAGGGGCCAGCACACCAUCCCUUCAGGCCGGGCCCCGCGGGCGCCCCUCACUUGGGAGGGAUCAGUUGGCACAGGUUCUUCCGCCUUUAAAAACCUCAGCAAACGAGGUUACAGUUAUUGCGGCACCGCCAAACGACCCAUAUGUCACAGCGCUGGCGUCCGAAGCGAAUCGCAUAGCCAAGGGUAUAUAGACCCAUUCGACUUGGGAACAAGAAUGUUCAAAAUGCAAAGAUUCUGCGACUUCGCGAAAAGGAACAAAUUAGAGGUUCGGGAGGAAAACGUUCCUCUUUUUUAG